AUGGGUGAAGCGGCAGAAGCCGCGGCAGCAACGGCAGCGGCAGCAACAGCAGCGAGCACAUCUACUAGCGAUGACCCUCAUCCGUACUUCAUGCCAACUGGUACCGUCGAAGUACCCGUAUUUUAUCCGACAAUUGACGAAAUGCGCGAUUUCCCGGCUCUGAUCAACAAAAUUGAGCAGCAACACGGUGCGCAUCUCGUCUGCGGCAUUGCAAAGGACUUCUCGGGUCUUGCAUGA